AUGCCUGGAACCUUGAAAAUAUCGAACUCUAAUAAAAAUACAUAUAAGGAAUUUUCAUUUAAUUUUUCUUUAGAAAAUUUAAAAGAACCACCUUCACAAUGCCCUCCAUUUGAAAAACGUCAAAAUUGCAUUAAUUGUUUUAGCAUUGCAUUAGCUUCAAAACGAUCAAAAUUAGCGGCAAUUUCUUUUGAAGGAAUACAAAUUAUUCUUCGAGACAAUGCCGAUUUCGGCUCAGAAGACCACACACCGGAGGGGCAGAGUCGUGCCGAACAGCUAAUUUCACUUCUUUUCGAUAUACCUCAAUGGCAUGAAUCGCCUUCUAACCAAUGCCAAGCAUUAACUGUUUUAGUCCAAUUACUCUCAUCAACAGAAAUAUCGAUAGGCUUAAAGGAUGUGUUGAAUGGUAUUGAGAUUUGCGAGCAAGUCUUUUCCGUAGCUGCUGCACAUGCCAGCAGUGUCAGGCCAGCAGCUCGAGCAGCACUCACUCAAUUUCUCAAUUCUUACGUUCAAAAUCGUCUAGCAGUUUCAUUUGAAGAAGAGGAACAGACAGAACAUAUUGGGGCUCGAAUGGAUAUAACAGCAUUAAUUAGUGAAUUGGUUGCUAGAAUGGUUGGAAGAUCAACUGUAGAAAGAGCUUUGGGGAAUAAUAAGGAAAAUGAUUUGGUACAGAAACAACAGCCUUUGCUGCUUCCAUUGGAUGCUUUAAUUAGUAUUUUGAGUGCUUUAGAACCUUCAAUCUUGGAGAGGCACAGACCGCUUUUUAAUUCUAUAAAAGGCGAAUUAUUACCAGCAAUAAUUUGUUAUCUUCACGCAAGUGGAAGAAAAAGCUCUCCAAAUCCAGAAUGUUCAGACCCUUCUACACCUAUUCCAAAAGCUUCUCUACUUUCACGUGUAGGACGUAAACAACUAAGUUCAGACAAUUCCAACACAAACUCUCCUUCUUCAGCAAUUAUAUCGCCUACAGCAAAAAUUGCUGUUGUUGAGCAACUUCUACGUCUGUUUACCCCCUUGGCCCUUUCCUCAGUAAAUUCUGACCCAAAUGAAAUUUUCGUUUUAACUGAAGAAUUGUGGAGAUCUGCAUUACUCGUCCCUCCAAUAUCUCGAAGAACAGAAGCUAUCCGAUUAAUUAAACGUCGCUGUACUGAUCAGAAUUCUUUUGGGGAAUUUUUACAGUUAAACUGUGCUUCUGGAAAAGACUCUUUUUGGCUAUACCUAAUUGAAUGUUUGGAAGAAUGUUGUUGUUGUUCUAAUAAUGAUAAAAUGGCUAUUGAGGUUUUGAGAACACUUGCUGCAUUGUUUUCUGCAAUGAAUCAAAUAGAAUUAGUAACAUUUCCUUCAAGCUUUUACUCAUUGUUGAGUCAAAAGGAAGAGAAUAAAAAUGAAAAUAAAGACGAAGCUAAUAAAAAAGAGAAUUUUGAAGACUAUAAGAUUAACAACAAUUUUGUAACCAAAUUUGCUGAGCAAUUCCCUAUAUGGCUACAAUGCUCGUCUAGCUUGGAAUUGGACUCAAAGCUGAGGGAAUUUGCUAUUGAAAUUAAUCAAGAAACUAUUUCUGGGGCUGAAAAGGAAGAAGAAUUUGAAAAUUCUAGAAGAUCAAGUCCGGCAUCAACCCCAGAGGAUAGUGACACGGAAAGGGAAGAAAGGGAAGAAAAUAAGGAUUUAAAUAUUACAAGGAGUGAGAUGCAGGAAUACAUGUUUUUGGUUGCUGUAAUUUAUGAAUUGAAUUUAAUGUUUGAGGAUGAAAAUUGGAUUAGAACAAGAAUGAAUUUAAAUCAAGAAAUAAAUAGCUCAACUAAAAUUCAAUACUUUCCAAUCUUAGAAUUUGUCCAAACAAAUUCUUCAAUUAAUCAACAAUUAAUUAAACAAAUUUUGGACAAAUUAAAACUAAACAAAAAUGUUAAUGAAAACAAGCUAGAAAUUAAUUCAAUUUUAAAUUUAUUUAAAGAAGAUCCAAUUAAACAAGAAUCAAAGGAUAAUGAACAGAAAAUAAAUAGUUUGUUAGUUUCCCGUUGGCUGCGUCUUCGUUUACGUUCAUGUUGGAGUUCAAUCCAACGAAUAUUAAAUCAGUUUCCAAUUGGAAAAAGUGAACUAACAGGGUUGGCAAUAGGAGAAGAUGUGAGGAUUGCAACGGUGGAGGCAUUAAAUUCCUUUAUUCCUUUGGCUAUUAAAUUGGGACUGAUUCCAGAAUUAUUUUGGAUAUUUGAACAAAUAUCUGAACGUGUUUGUGUGUUGGAAGACUUGAGAGAAUUAACUCAAAAGACAAAUUCCUCAAAUAAAAAUAUUAUAGGAGGACAGGAUAUUAAAUGUGUAAGACGCUUUGUUAAUAGACCGGAAUUAUUGGCAAUGCAGGGAAUUGUUGAGAAUUCAAUCCAGGCUUUAAAAAUUGUUCCGAAUGUUGCUAAACAUGUUGUUAGGUGA